UCGAAAUACGACUUGAUUCUGUAGUUGUCCACGGAGACAUACGAUUGUGAUUGUUUUUGGGGGACGACUGCGGUGGAUGAGAAGAUUUGCCAUUUCGCAGGAGUGUUUUGAACUUUUAGAAUUUUUCGAGAAUAACGAUAUUCGCAAUGCCGGGUCACCAUCAUAACCACCGCCACGCGAGGCGGGAUGGCUGGGAGCAGUUUAUCGACGGUGUCGAGAGUGCGGCUAACGAUUUCAACCCUUUCAAAUCCGCACCUACUGCUCAGGCAAAAGCUGCUGAGCCAUCGACCGUCUACAAAACUGUUUACCAGACCAUGUCGAAAACAUUCGACGGCCCAAUUGCUGGCUAUUCGACUGUAGGUCAGACCGAUGAUACCCCCGAAACCCACGCCGCCGCCGCGCCUACUUCGGUCGUUCAAGCGCAAGCUUCCGCUUCGCAAGUUAAAGAACAAGAUACGACCGCCGCUUCAAUCGUUAAGGCCCAAGAAACUGCGAAGGGCACAGACAAAUCGGUUUUACCCGAAUCGAUUAUGCAAAGUUCUUCUAUCGAUCUUGACGAACACUCCACGCUCGCAAUUGCGACCAGCACUCCUACAACACUUGUUCAGGCUACUAAGAAUGUUGAAUCAUCUCAAAUUAGCUCUGCAACAAAUGCUGCGGCCGCUGCCUCUUCCUCCGCUUCUCCUACAGCUGCAGCGGAAUCUUCGGGCAGUGAUACGAGUGGCGCAGCAAAAGCUGGUAUUGCAAUUGGUGUUCUAGGUGGUGUUCUUGUAGUUGCUCUGCUCAUCUACUUCUUGUUCAGCAGACGCAGAAAGCAGCUUGAGAGAGACCAGAACCAAGACAACGAGAAGAUCCACGGACCUAUUGUUGGCCGCACCGCCUCCAUUCGUUCGACCCAGACCAGUGCUACUGCACCCCAAUUAAGCCUACGACCUGUUACCGAAUUCAUGCCCACUUUCGGUGAGCGACGAUCAAGCAAAGGUGCCGCUCUAGCACUUGCAACUGGUGCAGCUCACGCGACCCCUCGAAAUGUUCCUCAGUCGCCUUGGGAACGUCCUGGUGCCAACCGCGCCAAUGACCACCCCGAGAACCCCUUCGGUAACAAUGCGGAGCGUGCUCACACGCCCACUGGAAACGAUGGCCCCACUAACCCGUUCGAGAACCCGGAGAAUGUAGUUGGCGUCGCCCAAACUACAAACUCGCCGCCAAAAUCCUCCCCAAUUGAUACCGCUGCCGCUGCUGGCGCCGGAGCUCUUGCCGGUGCCGCUGCAGGUGCCGCCUUAGCUCGCAAGGCUUCAACCCGAAAAGACGCGCCCGCUCCUCUAGAUCUCACCAACUCAAAUGGACCACCUAGCCCGGCUGAUACUGAGUUCAGUGUUCACUCUGUUGCUCCCGGUCAAUCCCCUGGUCCUUCGAGAAGCGCUGCGGCCAUUGCGGCAGCCGGUGGUCCGGCCCACUCCGCUGUUCACCGUGUCCAACUAGAUUUCAAGCCGACUUUGGAAGACGAAAUGGGAUUGAGAGCUGGUCAACUUGUUCGAUUGCUACAUGAGUACGAUGAUGGUUGGUCUCUCUGCAUCCGACUUGACCGCAGUCAGCAAGGAGUCGUCCCUAGAACCUGCCUAUCGACUCGACCUGUAAAGCCCCGUACUGCUGGAAGCCCUCCCGGUGGUCGCAACGGUCCGCCUGUGAACCCCAGCGGCCCACGUGGCCCCCGAGGUCCUGGACCCAACUAUCCUCCUGGACAACGACCCAUGACCCCCCAGAGUGGUCGCCCGCAGUCUCCUAUGCACCAUCCCAUGCAACACGGACGCCCUCAAUCACCUGCUAUGAUGCGACCCCACUCGCCCGCCACUGGACGCCCAAUGAGCCCGUACGGUAGUCGCCCGGCUUCCCCCGCUACCGGUCGACCGAUGAGCCCAGGUCCCCGAGCUCAAUCCCCCGGACCUAGGCAACAACGAAGAAUGAGCCCACCGGGACCUAGCCCGAUGAACCCUAACAGUGGUGCCCCUUCGCAACAGCAAUACCGAGGACCUCAAGGGCCUCCCCAGGGACCUAUUGACAGGAAGCCUGUUCCUGGCCAAGCGUACUAAUCUGUAACGCUUGAAAAAAAAAAUCAAACAGCCUUACUCGAAUAAUGGCUAUUGAAUAUGACGGUCUACAUAACCACUUAUACAACGUAUAGACCUCUCGGCUAUAUUCUAGUGGUGCAUUAAACCUUUGCUCCCCUCGACCAUGACGAACCUUGACGAACUUGGGAACGAUUUGACCUUCUCGACACUCGCUUGCGACUUCUCGCUCUCUAUUUGCUACACUUCUAAAUUUGGCGUCUUUUUUCUGCAUUUGUCUUUUUUGUUUUGCAAUUUCGACCAUCGCAUGUUCGCUUCAUCGCUUUUCGUCGGAAAAAGUUAGAAGUGUUGACCUCGAUCAGGCACUUCACACAAUUUCACUGGGAUGGAGUCACUCUAUGGCUGCUCAGAUCGGGAUAAU